UCCUGGAACGAGCAGACAGCCGCGAAAUGGCAGCAACUCAGCCCGACAAAACCCUCAUAAGGGGACCUCUCCGCGCGCCUGUGCACCGACCAGCAGCGGUCUCGUACACGCAGGCACCCAGGAUGAAGAGCGAGACCGACGUCGGGCUACCAGGGGACAAGCAAGUUGAUUACAAGGAGGUCUCCUUGACACGGCUUCCUCAGCCCUUCGUCAAUCCUCGCGAUGCCUUCGCCCCUCUGUCGAAGCGCGAGUCGUGACAGACCCGUCGCCGCACCAGAGUGCCGCCUUCAGGACAGCAUAAUCUGUUCUUUUGUGGUACCGCAACAAUCAGAACAAAAAAGCUGUUCGAUCGGUGCACAACCGCCCGUCUGGUCCCAGGUCGAAGCUUCGCCACCAAAUCCCCGCCUUCAGCAAGUUGGCUCUGAUAUCUGGGAUGAGCUUUCAACCUCGCCACGAACGAACCAGUUGCCUCCGUUCCAGCCCAGGGUAUCGGAUGAACUCGGGAUCGUCCAAGGUGUUGUCCCUGGAGCUUCAUUCCCUUGAUUCCUUGGCAGCACGAGUCGAACGUCUUCUAUGUAUCCACUAAAAAUAGGAUUGUGAU